GAGAGAGAGAGAGAGAGAGAGAGAGAGAGAGAGAGAAAGAGAGAGUGUGAGAGAGGAGAGAGAUUUUGAGCAGCAUUUAUAUCCCAGGCAUGCAGUAAAGAGAGAGAGAGAGAGAGACCCAACUUAGAAGAGAUAGAAGAGGCAGUGACUUGUGGUGAGAGUUAAAGAGCGCAGGAGAUGCUGAGAGAUACAGAGACAGAGACACACUCACUGUUGUUCAUUGCUUUUGGAAUUUGGUGCCCCAUUAGGCUGCUGUGUGAUGUGGAGGUGACGGGACUGAUCCCAAACUGAAGAGAACUGUACGAUUUGAGCACAGAUAGAGAGAGAAGAGUGAAGCCUGCACCUGCUAAGAAGAGCCUCCAGGAUUUGCACCCACACUGCUGAAGAAGAUGCUUGUCUCCCUGCUGACCUGUGUCCCCCUCAUUCUCUUCCUGAUGCACAGCACGUGCGUGUUAUCUGGAGCCAAGCAUCCUGACAGGAAUGACUCUGAUCUCUCACCCACCAUCCAGAAACUUAUGAAAGGCUACAACCGUUACCUGAGGCCCAAUUUCAAUGAAGGUCCGAUAGAGAUUGGGAUGAGCCUGGACAUCGCGAGUAUUGACGCCAUCUCUGAAAUCAACAUGGACUACACAGCGACCAUCUUCCUGAGGCAGCGGUGGACGGACGAGCGACUCCUCUUCGAGGGCAAUAAGAGCCUGAGUCUGGACGGACGUUUAGUGGAGCUUCUCUGGGUACCAGACACAUUCAUUGUCGACUCCAAGAAGUCAUUCCUGCAUGACAUCACUGUGGAGAACCGCCUCAUCCGAAUCUUCAGCAAUGGCACUGUGCUCUACGCACUCAGGAUAACGGCUACAAUUGCCUGUAACAUGGACCUGACCAAAUACCCCAUGGAUCGGCAAGUGUGCACCCUGCAGUUGGAGAGCUGGGGCUAUAAUCUCCAGGAUGUGGUUUUCUACUGGACACGUGGGAACGAUUCAGUGAAAGGUCUAGACACACUGCAGCUCGCACAGUACUCAGUGGAGAGCUACUACACCUCUGUGUCACAAGCUGUGUAUGAGACAGGUUUCUACCCCAAGCUGGUCCUCCACUUUGCACUGCGGCGUAACAUCCUGUACUUCAUCCUGGAGACGUACGUCCCAUCUACACUGCUGGUUGCGCUGUCCUGGGUCUCCUUCUGGAUCAGCCAGUCUUCUGUCCCAGCCCGCACCUGCAUCGGGGUGACGACAGUCCUGACCAUGACCACCCUGAUGAUGGGCGCUCGCACCUCCCUUCCAAACGCAAACUGCUUCAUCAAGGCUAUUGACGUGUACCUGGGGAUCUGCUUCAGUUUCAUAUUUGGGGCUCUGUUGGAGUAUGCCAUUGCACACUUCUGCACUGUGCAGCACUUCACUCUCCAGGACGUGCAGCGGGAGCUUAGGAAAGAUUUAGAGGAGUCAAAUGGGACGCUUCCAGUCAUCAGCACCAGUUUCGCCCAUCCCAGCAAGGUGGUGAAGCGAAACUACACCCAGAAGGACUGUGUGAGAGUGGUGACUCCUGGAGAGGUGGGCUCAAAGGCAGAGCUGGGCCUGGGUAAUGGGCAGUUCUUCGUGGCUCUCAAGGGGAAGGUUCAGCGAAUUCUGGCUUUCUUCCAUGUGGAAAAUCCACACAACAUUGACCGCUAUUCCCGCAUGUUCUUCCCCCUGGCGUUCAUGUUAAUCAAUGUUUUCUACUGGAUCUAUUACCUCUUCCUCUGAACACGCACUGUACCCCCUACAUUUUUAAAGGAUUUAUUCUUGGAAUAGAAUGGACAAGUUGCAGUGGUCUCCUUUCUUAAUUGCUAUUUUAAAAGUAUCCAACUGUGAGCCUGUGUCAGGUGAAGGCCAUCCCUGUGGUUAUGUCACCCAAGGUAUAAGGGGAAAGAGACCAGGUACUAAAGUAUUUAUAAUCAUUUCCAUUCCUUCUGCAGUGUUGUUAUUGCAUACAACUGGAUCCUCAAAGUAAAAAUACAUGAAGGACUGCAUAAGAAGGUUUAUGUCAGACUGCUGUCCACCACAGAAUCUAUCAACCUAUAUUAAGCAUGUCUUUUGCUAAAUAAUCUAGGGUUGAGUUAAAUAAUUAAACCUCCUUAGGACUCAGAAGAGACUGCUAUAUUGCAGCAAACAAAUGGACCUGUCUCCCAAUGUCUGACACACUGUCCUUUUUCGUUCUUCCCAACUCCUACUUGUGAAGUGCCUCGGGACAGACUUAAUCAUGCCCGUUUUUACAUCUGAAGUGAAAAUCUGUGGCUGGCAAACUGAGGUUGCCUUGGAAACUUCUCAGCUGAAACAUGAUAAACCUGCUGUCAGACAUUGAUCACUUCCACAUUAACUGAUGCACAUUAUUGAGGAAGGGACUAGGGAAUUCUUCAUCCGAACUAAAGAAAUAGUUCUGCUCCUCAGUUCAGCAUAUUAUAUAUUCUCUUCACUCUGUCUAAAUUCUUUGGAUUUUGUUUUUAGACACUGCUAUGUAACUCAAGCAUGUUUCUGUAUUGAAUAUUUUAAUGCUAUAGCGCUACUUUGGAUGCUACGUUAAUGUAUUAUUUCGUGUUGUGUUUUCACACUGGACACUCCAAUUUCUUACUUACAGAGAUUAUGUAAAGCCAUUUAUUUUAGUGGACCGAAAAAUGCACGUGUUUAUAUAUUUUUUUAAAUAUAGUGACUGUUAUUCUACCGUUUCUCAUCCACAGAUUGGCAGAAUCUGAUAUAUAAUAUGUGAUUAAAAUUCAGAAUAGAGACAUAACCUGCUCAUCAUUUAGCUGCAGUUAGACAGCUGGGAAUUUCAGUAUUACUAACAUUAAUUUAUUUAUGAGGAAUAUUUACUGCAAAUAAAAAGUCUGGAACCUAAAUAAUAUAAACAGUAAUUAUUGUUAGCAGCAGUGCAUUGUAAACUUGCUGCAUACGUACCUGUGUAGCAGGUUAAUAAACCUAAGGCAACGUUCUCUUCUCAUGUGUUGCUGUGUUUUUUUUUGUGUGUAGCAUAUUUAUUUAUUAUUUACAUAUUUAAUAAUGUAUAAUGUAUAUAAUGUAAAUCCAGUAUUGUUGUAAAAAUCACCUGGUCUUAAAGCCGGUAUUACCAAGUUUUGAUUGUAAUAGGAAUGGCACUAUUAUUGUAUUGAGCUAUUGUUGUCGGGAGAAUUAUUUUGCCGCUUUUUAUAUUAAAGAGAAAAUUGAAUCUCCGUGGGUAGUGGGUGAGGGUGGGGGGAGGAGAUUACAUCCCUCGCUUCUAAAAGGUUUGGUUAGGUUCGUGCCGUUUUUAUGUGGUACAGUAGGUAUUUGACUGCUGUUUUUUUUCACCUGUUAAUGGAGCUACUGUUUUUCAAUGGGGUCUGUAUCUUUACUUUUUUGAUUAGGAUUUAGGGACAGUAAAUGUAUGUUUUAAAAAAAUA